AGUAUGAAUCGAGGAGUUUCCGAGGCAAUGUCUGGCACUACCGGUGCCGUCCUGUCGAGCGACGAGGCGGCGCACUUACCAUCACAUGGGGCUCUGGUAGAGUCCGGUACCACAUCGUCAAUCAGCAUCACCUCUGAUGAUGAGGUGUGUUCGAGUAGAAGUGGGGCUAAACCCACUGGUAGACCCCCUCAUCCACUAGAGCGCACCUGGAGCUUCUGGCUCAUGUACCAGGCACAGACUAAGGAUAAGAAGGACAACUGGAAAGGCACCCAGAAGCGGGUAUUGGAUUUUACCUCUGUGGAGGACUUUUGGCGAGUAUUUAACAACGUAUCUUCGCCUAGCCGACUGACCUAUGCUGACUAUAGUGUAUUCCGGCAAGGCAUUGCCCCGAUGUGGGAGGAUGAGACGUGUGCCAAGGGUGGCCGAUGGAUAGUCUCAGUAGAUCGACCCAAUAGAAGGGGAGCUGCUUCGGAACACCAAAAGGAGAGUAUCGACGAAUCCUGGGUCAACAUAUUACUAUCGUUGAUCGGCAGUGCUUUCCCCAAUCGUGACACUGGUGUAGAUGCAGUGUGCGGCGCUGUGUGCUCUGUACGGAAGUAUAAUAUACGUCUAGCUCUUUGGGUAGGGACCUCUGAUAAGGAUGAGGUCCUCCGGUUGGGAACUAUCUUCAGAGAAGCUAUUGCGCCGUUGUUCGCCCCAUUGAGUUCAUCUGCUGAGGACAACUCUGAAGGGAACAGAACCCAGAAGCUUCAAGAGUCUCCUACCCGGCGGCCUCCCUCGAGCAUGUCGUUCGAGUACUUCACUAAGGACCCCUCGCACGUUGCAUUAGAGCUGUCUCUGACCACUACGACUGAUGAUGAGGAUGACGAUGGUCAGAAUGACUCUCAGGCCUAGCUAGUUCUUGGUGGUGCUUGCGAGAAGUUUACUACUAUAAGCUUGGCUACUCAUGCUACGUUUCCUUGCUAGUGCAACAACACCGUCAGCAGCUCCUAGAUCUUCAUCGUUUUCUUGUGUACUAUCUCCCCUGGCUAUACCAAGCAUCAUCAUCAUCACCAUUGUCAUGUCGUCUUAGGCCUUCAUGUGCCAUCACUCAGUCUGUUGUCGAUUAGUGAGCAGGCACUUGUUGGGAUCAUGAAUUCACUACUACUAUCGUUGAGCCUCUAUCAUGCUAACAAUAAAGAUGGCGCAUUACUGUCAUCGCCAUCGACUGUUCCUUCUGGUGAUAUACAGAUUCUCCACACUAGUCGAAUGGGGACUCGCUCCAUUAGGUAGUAGUAGAUUAUGAUGACGAUAAGUUAAUAUUGAUGAUGAUGGGUUGACUGCACUCCUCACCACCCUUUCCUCUUC